UGCCCCCCUUACAACUUCUCUGUGUCAGGGGGUCUUCUCUUGGGGGGCUCAGGACUUGGCGUUGCUCUUCUCUGGGUCUGCUUCUUUCUUCCUUUCCUUUCUUGCAUUCGGCCUUGCAUAUUUUUUUUGCGGUGGAAUAAUUUCGCCCGAGACGUUCAUCUGAAGCACAAUGAAGUGGGGCUGGGUGCUGGUGGGGUUCCUGGUGGCCUCCCUGGGGCAUCUCUCCCAGGGCAGCCACCACGGCUUGGACGUACCCGAGUAUGACGGACGGGACCGCGUCGUCGACCUCAACGUCAAGAACUACAGGUCUGUGAUGAAGAAGUACGACGUGUUUGUGCUUUACCACCACGAGCACGUCGGGAACAGCCGCGCCGCCCAGAAGCAGUUUGAGAUUGAGGAGCUUGCACUUGAGUUUGCAGCCCAAGUCCUGGAAGACCUCGAUGACGAAGAUAUAGGAUUCGGCCUGCUUGAUGCAAAGGCCGACCGUGCCGUUGCCGCCAAACUAGACCUGGAUGAGGAAGACUGCAUCUAUAUCUUUGUCGAUGACGAGGUCAUUGAGUAUGAUGGGGAGCUUGCUGCGGACACCUUGGUGGAAUUCAUCUUUGACCUACUUGAGGACCCUGUGGAAAUCCUUGACAACAGGCAUGAGCUGAAAGGUUUCUUCAACCUGGAAGAGGAAAUCAAACUGGUGGGCUACUUCAAGAAUGCGAAAUCUGACCAUUUCGAUGAGUUUGAGGAUGCUGCAGAGGAGUUCCACCCCCAUGUCAAGUUCUUUGCCACCUUCAAUGAAAAGGUUGCCAAAACUCUUGGACUCAAGAUGAACGAGGUUGACUUCUAUGAGCCCUUCAUGGAGGCUCCCGUCACCAUCCCUGGAAAGCCCUACACAGAAGACGAGCUUGUCGACUUCAUUGAAGACAAUGACCGACCUACCCUGAGGAAAAUGCAGCCACACAACAUGUAUGACAUCUGGGAGGAUGAUGACGAUGGAGAGCACAUCAUUGCAUUCGCUGAGGAGUCUGACCCAGAUGGCUAUGAGUUCCUGGAGAUUCUGAAGGAGGUUGCGGAAGAAAACACAGACCAUCCCGACCUCAGCAUCAUCUGGAUAGACCCUGAUGACUUCCCAUUGCUUGUCGCCCACUGGGAGAAGACCUUCGACAUUGACCUGAACUCCCCCCAGAUCGGUGUGUUGGAUAUUGAUGACGGAGAGUUUGAGUGGUAUGAUAUGGACGAUGAUGAAGACAUGCCUGAUGCUGAAGAACUGGAGGAGUGGCUUGAGGAUAUGUUGGAUGAUGACGAUGAUGAUGACGACGAUGAUGAUGACGACGAUGAUGACGACGAUGAUGACGACGAUGAUGACGACGAUGAUGACGACGAUGACGAUGAUGAUGACGACGACGACGAUGAUGACGACGACGAUGAUGACGACGACGAUGAUGAUGAUGAUGACGACGAUGAUGACGAUGACGAUGACGACGAUGACGAUGAUGAUGACGACGAUGACGACGACGAUGAUGACGAUGAUGACGACGACGACGACGAUGAUGACGAUUAUUAAAAUCUCACCAUUGUAUUUCACAUUACCAAUCCAGUUACAAGUUACUAAAUUCUUGUUCUGCAUCAGUUUCAGUCAACAUUUUCAGAAUCUCCUUGUUGCUCGUUGUUCUAAGUCAUGUUGAAACCUUGUGUUGUGUUCGUGUUACAUGAUUCAGUGUCUACCCUCGUCUCAACGUUCAACCGUUAGCAUCCAAAUAUCAAAACCAUCCAAUACCUAUAUUGAGAACAAUCAUAGUAAUCACCUGAUUUGUCAUUGGCCCCACUACAUUACAGGUUAGCAACUCUCUUUAUGCAAAUCUAGUCAUUAAAUAUCACAA